AUGGCCACAGAAACGCAAACAAAGGAAAACAACUCCUUCGUCCUCCGCGGGAUCAAAGAUGUGUGCUUUGAAGAUCGACCCGUCCCCAAACUUACAGGCCCUCGAGACGUGCUCCUUCAGGUCAAUUAUACCGGCAUCUGCGGCUCCGACGUUCACUAUUGGCAGCAUGGCAGAAUAGGACACUUUGUGGUCAACGAGCCUAUGGUUCUUGGCCAUGAAUCCGCAGGGACCGUGCUAGAAGUCGGGUCUGGAGUCAAAACAUUGAAAAAGGGGGAUCGUGUCGCAAUGGAGCCAGGGAUUCCCUGCCGACACUGUGUGCGAUGUAAGGAGGGGAAAUACAAUCUAUGCCCCGACAUGGCAUUCGCAGCGACGCCCCCCUACGACGGCACGUUGGCCAAAUACUAUAUCUUGCCAGAGGACUUCUGCUACAAGCUGCCCGACAACAUGACAUUGGAAGAGGGGGCUUUAAUGGAACCCCUGGCUGUGGGAGUACAUAUCACCAAACAGUCCGGAGUCAAGCACGGUGACACGGUAGUCGUCUUUGGCGCCGGCCCGGUCGGGCUGCUCUGCUGUGCUGUCGCAAAGGCUCUGGGUGCCAGCAAAGUUGUGGCGGUCGACAUCAACACCGAGCGGCUCGAGUUCGCCAAAUCAUUCGCCGCCACGUCGACUUUUGUGCCCUCCAAGGUCUCGGCGGCGGAGAACGCGCAGAGACUGAAGGACGAAAACGACCUCCCGGCCGGCGCAGACGUGGCGAUCGACGCCAGCGGCGCCGAACCCAGCGUGCAAACAGCCAUCCACGUCCUCCGCAUGGGCGGCAGCUACGUGCAGGGCGGCAUGGGCCGCGACGAGAUGACCUUCCCGAUCAUGGCGGCGUGCACCAAGGAACUCACCGUCAAGGGCAGCUUCCGGUACGGUUCAGGCGACUACGCCAUGGCCGUGGACCUGGCGAGCAGUGGCAAGAUCGACGUAAAGAGGCUGAUCAGCAGGAAAGUCAACUUCGACGAUGCCGAACAGGCCUUUGAGGACGUCAAGGCCGGGAAGGCAAUCAAGGUGCUCAUCGAGGGACCCAAGUAA